UAUCAACCAAACAGCUGCAGUCGCAACAUCGAGAAACGAGAGAAGUAAUCCGAAAAACUUUCGCAAAAUGAGCCUACAAAAUGUCUGCCGCAAGGGCAAUGCCUUUAACCUGUUGAACGUCUCCAGAAAAGUUCAAUGUCGCACUUUGUCGGCCGCUGUGGCAAAUCCACAGCCCAAGCAGAAAAACAGCCAGAAUAUAGUUUUGGUAGAUGGAGUUCGUACACCCUUCCUGACCUCCGGAACCUCUUAUUCCAAGCUGAUGCCUCACGAACUUGCUAGGCACUCGCUCUUGUCGCUGCUUCAGAAAAAUAGCUUGGACAAGGAGCUCAUUGACUACAUUGUGUAUGGCAGCGUAAUACAGGAGGUAAAGACCUCCAAUAUUGCCAGGGAAGCUGCUCUGGCAGCUGGUUUCAGCAACAAGACACCCGCCCACACUGUCACCAUGGCCUGCAUCAGUUCCAAUGCGGCCAUCACAACGGGCAUGGGUCUGAUUGCCACCAAUACCUACGAUGUCAUAGUGGCCGGCGGCGUGGAGUUCAUGUCCGAUGUGCCCAUCCGCCACUCCCGCAAGAUGCGCUCUUUGCUGUUAAAGGCAAACAAGGCAAAGACUCUGGGUCAGCGAUUGGCUCUGCUGUCCACCUUUAGACCAGACUUUUUGGCUCCCGAGCUGCCCGCCGUGGCUGAGUUCUCUUCCGGCGAGACCAUGGGCCACUCGGCAGACCGCCUUGCCUCCGCUUUCAACGUUUCUCGCAGCGAACAAGAUGAAUACGCUCUGCGUUCCCACACGCUGGCCAAGGAAGCCCAGGAGAAGGGCUACUUUACCGAUCUGGUGCCCUUUAAGGUGUCUGGAGUGGAUCAGAUAGUGGACAAGGACAACGGCAUCCGCGUGUCCAGCCCCGAGAGCCUGGCCAAGUUGAGGCCCGCCUUUGUAAAGCCCUACGGCACAGUAACGGCGGCCAACGCCUCUUUUCUUACUGAUGGCGCCUCCGCCUGCCUGAUCAUGACCGAGGAGAAGGCCAAGCAGCUGGGCCUGAAGCCCAAGGCUUAUCUGCGGGAUUUCUUGUACGUUUCGCAGGAUCCCGUCGACCAGUUGCUGCUGGGACCGGCCUAUGGAAUUCCCAAGCUGCUCAAGAAGUCUGGACUGACCCUGAAAGACAUUGACUCUUGGGAGAUUCACGAGGCCUUUGCCGGCCAAAUCGUGGCCAAUCUGAAGGCCCUAGACUCUGAAUGGUUCUGCAAGACGUACUUGGGACUGAACGAGAAGGUCGGCAGUCCCGAUCUUUCCAAGUGGAACAACUGGGGAGGUUCCUUGUCCAUUGGUCACCCGUUCGCCGCCACCGGUGUCCGCCUCUGCAUGCACACGGCCAACCGUCUGGUUCGCGAGGAUGGAAAACUGGGAGUGGUCGCCGCCUGUGCAGCCGGCGGGCAGGGCGUGGCCAUGCUUAUCGAGCGCUAUCCGGGCGCCACAGCCGACUGAAAUCGCAAUGAAAUCGACAAGGAAAAGGAGUGCAGUGUGACUGUGAAAUUGCCUAGCUUUUAUAAACUUUACAACUAUGUCUAUAUGAAUAAAGAAAUCUGAAUUUUA